CGUCGCAGUAGCGAUGAUAAUUGAAAAAUUACCACCAACAUGGAAGGAUUACAAGCGUGAUCUGAAACAUGGGAAUGAAGAGUUGUCUCUGUUACAACUCGGUAGUCACAUACAGAUUGAGGAAUCACUCCGCAUUCAAGAAGGUGACAAAAAUAAGGCAAAGCCUGAUGUUGGACAGCCUACUGUCCACAUGGUUGAAGUAAACCAAAACAAUCAAAAUCACAAGGGAAAAGGCAUCAAACGCAAGAAUGAUAGCCGAGACAAACCAAAUAAGAAUCCUAAGGAUCUGGUUUGUUGGAGAUGUCAAAAGACGGGUCAUGUUAAGCGUGAUUGUCGGGUGAAUCUCAAUAAGAACAAUGCUGCAAAUAGUGGUGGAGGAAACAAUGGUGGUGGAAACAGUGGGCCUAAGGACUCUACUGCAUCUAGAGGAGGAUGAUGACCGUACAUGGUGGGUUGACUCGGGUGCCACAAGUCAUAUGUGUAAAGAUCGUCGAUGGUUCGAGAAAUUGACACCAGUUGAUGAUGGUUCCACGGUGAUGAUGGGUGAUAAGUCGAGUCAACCAAUUUGUGGCUUUGGAGUUGUUAGUCUUACGUUUACUUCGGGAAAAACAAUAAAG